AUGGCUGGACAAGUGCUAUGACUUCCUCUCUACAGUGGCACCGGAUGAUAUCUGGGUUUGCAAGAUGCAGGCAGCUUAUCUCUUUAAGAAAAGCAAAUUUGAGGAGUGUGUGGCAGUUUGUAGUAAGUCCCUCAAGGGUUUGACAGCUGAUAAAAAUCUCAGAGAUGAAGACACUUUAGGUCUGCUCUUGGAACGGGCAGCUGCGUACUUCUUCUUGGGUGGACGGAUAGAGGAAAUGAUGCAGGAUUUAGUGCAAGCCUUCACAGAAACCCCUGCUCAGGCAAAGAAGCACUUUGAGGAGCUUUUCUCAUCUCAUGACACCAAGAGGAUAGAAGAACAGGCUAGAACCAUCCUGGAGGUGAAGUUCGCAGCAUACAGGGAGGCUGUGCGUGCUCGGGCUGAACUCCGAGGCAAUGAUGGCACUGAAUUGCUCCUUCCAGUCAUCCAGAUAGUCCAGUUCCUCCUUCAGAUCUCCCCAGGGUCCACGCGUGAGCUCAGCGUCCGGCUGGCAGACUGUCAGCUGCUAUGCGGAUGCAUCAGAAAUGCCCUGGAUAUCUGUGACCACCUCUUGGCAGCAGAGAAGAAAACUUACUACAAUACUCUUCUAGUAUUGAGAGGAUUCUGCUCCCUCCACACUCACAACCAUCAGCAAGCCUUGGAGGACUUCCAAAAGGUUAUUGAGCAUGAUUCCCCACAUCCUAACAGUUGUAUUAAAGCCUUAUGUGGGCGUGGACUUAUCCGGAUUUCUGGUCAUAGCCAUUACUUGACAGCCCUGGAUUAUAUCACAGCUUGCCAGCUGAAGUUGGAAGAAACUAUCUUCACAGUCAAGUCCUACGUGCCAUGGAACCAAAGAGGACUGCUGGUAAAGGUCCUCCAAGAAGAAGGACAAAAGAUGCUCCAGAAGAAGAGGUACUAAGGAGACAGUUCUGCCCAUGGACAGAAAAAGGAACAGAGCUGAUUAGAUUCCUAACAAAAAGAAAAUGUAGCUUGUGGGGUGUACCAGCUGGCCUCUCUCUUGGUGGAGCUGGACACUUCUGAUGAGGCAUCACGGAUCCUCUGUGCUGAUGCUCUGUACCAAAUGGGCUCGGUAGAAGACGCUCACAAGCUCCUCUUGGUAGCUCUCUCCAAAAAUCCACAAAGGUCUCCCAUCCUGGCUAGACUUGCGCUUCUACAGUUGAAGAAAGGUUUCCUGUAUGAUGGUAACCAGCUGCUAAAGAAAGUGAUCAAAACUGGAGAUACCUCCUGCCUCCUGCCAAUCAUGGACAUUUUCAAAGACAAAGACCGGAAGUUGAUGCAAACUCAUUGCCAUUUCAGAGCGUUAACCAUCUUGACAAACAAACAGGACGAUGCUGACAUCAAAGAGGCUGUUGCCUACCUUUCCUUUGCCAUCAUUGCAUCAGGUGGCUAUGCUGAAGACUCCCUCCUCGUUAGGGCUGAAUGUUACGGGCACCUUGGCCAGAAGAAAACUGCUAUUUUUGAUUUUAAUGCCAUCCUAAAGCGGGACCCUAGGAAUGUGCAAGCUCUGAGUGGACGAGGAUUCAUUUACCUUGCUCUGAAGCAGCAGAAGGAGGCAGUGCAAGAUCUGACCUUGGCGCUGAAGCUGGAGGCAGAAGUGGUGAUGCCAGCAAUCCUAUCCUUAAAGCAUGAAGCCCAAGGGUUGAUUGCACAAUGGCUUUUUCAACAUGGCAGGACUGUGUUAAUUCAGCUUGUUGCUACUGAAGAACUUUCAGAAGAAGAGACUCUUAGGGACCUCCUCAUGAUUGCAGGAGCACUAAUUAAAAUUUGCAAGGAUGUACAGUAUCACAUCUUCUAUAUAGAUGUUUUGAUUGCAAAUGGAAGGUAUGAAGAGGCCCUUACUCACCUUCAGGAGACAUUUGGUCACUCUCCUGCUGAUGAAUUUGCCAACGCAAGACUAGCUGUGCUUGAGCUGAAGAAGAGGAACAUGACAGUGGCAGCUCACUCAUUCAGCAACCUAGCUGAGAAAGAUGAAAGGGAGCUGGGGUUUCUCCUGAACUUCUUAGACCAUAAGCAACAGCAGCAUCUCUCUCAGGUAGCAGCCCAAGAAGGAAAUUUGCUGAUUAAAGAAUAUCACUACGAGAAGGCUGUUGGCUAUUACACCCUGGCUAUCUUGUCAAGCAAAGAUAAUCCAAGAUACCUCCGACAGAGAGCUGUUUGCCUUAUGCACCUGAAAAAAUAUGGCAGAGCUUUAAAAGACAUGGAGAAAGUGAUCCAGAAGCAUGGCUGUAACAGCCUUAAAAUGCGUGUUGAUGACCACUGCUCAAAAGGACACCUGCUAUUAUCAGCGUCAGAGGAAGAAGCAGCAGUUAAAGAGUAUAUUGAGGCACUGCAGCUGGAAGAAUCUAUGGCAUUAUGCAGCAUCAUGAAAGACCCUGGUAGGGAAAUUUUAGCCAAAACAUUUCUUAAGAUUGCACAAUAUUAUUUUGAAAUGCAUCGUUAUGAGGAGGCCUGGAAAAUCACAGAUUAUGGUCUCAUAGUUGAUAAAAACAGUACUGAACUUAGGAAGCUGAAAUCAAGACUUAAGCGAGAGGCAUCAGGCUGUAGCAUACAUUAA